AUGCUCAGGAUGUCAUUUCAGAUAGAAACAAUUGUAAAUGCUUAUAAAACCCUCGCCAAGAUUCCCGCAAUAGUUGGAGGCAAACUCAACAACAAUGGAAACAGAAUCUCUUGCAAGUGGUCAGUGCGCAACUUGGACAAAGGGAAGUCUACAAAAUACCUUCAUGACUACAUUUUGGACACUGACCUAAAUGUUAUAGCUCAGAGUGAUUUUGGAGUAGAUGUUAGCAAUGAGUUACUAUCAGCCGUGUCUCCAAAGGGAAUGUAUAAAGCGGUAAUACGCGAGGAGAAGGAGGGCAAAGAGAAUAAAAAGCAGUACCUUGAAGUUUGGUGCCGACACAACCUCGCUCACUGCAUCGAUCUCACUGCGCUCGAUGUACACGGAGAUGUUUAUGCUGACUCUGAGUUUGGCAGCUUGGAUUGGUCUCAGGACGAGACCGCUAUAGUUUACGUAGCUGAGAAAAAGCUAAAGAAAUCAGAACCGUACAUCAAGAGGAAAUCCGAGGACAAGUCCAAAGUAGAUGGAAGCGGUGAAUCUGCGCCGAAGAAAGGUGAAGAGUUCCUCUACAGACAAGACUGGGGCGAGCAGUUAGUGGGCAAACAAAUGUCAGUGAUUGUUGUUUGCCGUCUGCCUGCUGAGAGCUUCACGGUUUUAGAGGGUUUGCCGGAGUCGUGGUGUCCAGGGCAGGUCCGCUUUACGAACGACGGCCAGAGUGUGGUGGGUGUAGCUUGGGAGACCGAACCCAGGCGUCUUGGACUCAUAUUCUGUACCAACCGGCCAUCGUACAUUUUCAACCUUACUUUAGAUGGAACCAUGACUAAAAUCUCAUCUGAAGGCAUGUCCGUCCGUUCACCACGUUUAAGCUCAAAUGGAGAUUUGCUGUGGCUGCAAAGAGUUGCAGAUGGGCCACAUCACGCGUGUCACGCUCUCGUUGCGAAGAGGAAGGAUUCUAAUGAGAUAUCAUCAUUAAUAGACAUAGUUCAGACCGAAUUGAAGAUACAAAAUGGCGAGAGCUUCUAUGGAAUAUACAGCCAAGCUCUGCCAUCGAAGUGCUUCGCCAGCGACAACAGAGUUGUUUUUAGCACUCCACAGCGGAACGAAAUCAGGAGCUAUGUUGUCAAUAUCGAUAACAGUAGUAUCAUCGAUAUAUCGAACAAAUCGAUUAUUGGGUCGACUACUGUGCUGGAUGUCAAAUCAGAUGUCAUACUCGCUUCUUGCUCCAAUAUGACUACACCUGGACAGCUCUAUGUGGCUCGACUACCAGCAAAAGGUUCCGAAGCAAACAUUAAAUGGAUCCAAGUUACAAAGCCCUGCGAAGUACCCACCUCCGUCGCUAACUCCACUGUUCAUUAUAUGGAGUUGGAGCAGAACACGCAGGAUACUAUCAAGUCCUUUACAGCACUCUACUUUGCACCAAAUGGCGAGGAUAAAAAGUUACCUCUGAUAGUGUGGCCGCAUGGUGGACCUCAUUCUGGAUUUGUUAACGCUUAUUCCUUGGAAGCGGCUUUGUUCAAUAUGCUAGGCUUCGCAAGUCUUCAAAUAAAUUAUCGAGGCUCUGUCGGAUCUGGGGAAGCGUCAGUCCGUUACCUACCGAAACGAGUCGGGGAUGCGGACGUUAAAGACUGUAAACUAGCAACAGAUGAGGUCCUAAAACAGCACCCUGUGGACCCUAACAAGUUGUGCCUCUUCGGCGGAUCUCACGGUGGUUUCCUAGUCACCCACCUAAGCGGGCAGUAUCCCGAUCUUUACAAAGUCGUUGUCAGUCGCAAUCCGGUGAUAGAUGUCGCUAGCUUUGCCUCCGUUCGCAUAAAUUUCCGUGGAUCGACUGGCCAAGGUGACAAUACAGUACGGUCUCUAAUCUCCCACGUGGGAGAAUACGACGUCAAAGAUUGCCUUCUCUUACUCACCAACCUGAGAGAAAGAGACGCACGAUUGGACAAAUUGGUGAUCUAUGGUGGGAGCUACGGCGGAUUUGUGGCUGCUCAUUUAGCUGGAAGAUACCCUGAUAUGUUCAAGGUGAUGGUGUUAAGGAAUCCGUUGAUAGAUCUGGCAACGAAGGGUCAUUACGCCGAUAAUUCUGAUGGGUGUGCUGUGGAAGCCGGCUUCACGUUCACGGAGAAGGGUCCCGUAUCUGAGGAAGAACUAGUGGCAAUGAGGCGCUGCUCACCGCUUGUACACGUGCACCGAGUUAAGGCGCCCACGGCUCUCAUGCUCGGCUCCGGAGACAAACGCGUCCCAUAUUACCAGGGUCUCGAGUACAGCAGACGGCUGAAGGCUAACGGAGUACCUACGAGAGUAUAUAUGUACGAAGACAACCACUCGCUGUCAUCACUGCCCGCUGAAAUGGACAACCUGAUCAACAGCGCGGAUUGGUUCCUUACCCACUUGUAG